AUAGCGGUUGACACACACACUAUGAUCAGGAUAUCACAUGUCUUUAUAAAACGGAUAUAAACAAUUGUACAUAUAUUACAGAAGUGGUGAAUACUUAAAAGUUAAAAUAAAAAUACUGUGUUUGGAUUUUAGUGCAAUGUUGUUCUGACCAAUGAUCUAUAGUUAUGGCGAGAAACACAAUUUAUGUAUCCGGUGGGGACAAAGAUGAGGAGUUAGAAACAGAGAUAGUUGAAAUAUAUACAGCUGGACCAAAUAAGUCAGUGAUCAAUGCUGACCUAGAUGACAAUCAGAAAAGAUGGCUGAUUAUUGGUAUUUGUAUGCAGACAGUUUUAUCUCCAACGCUUCGAAAUUAUAUGGAACCAGUUGUACACACUUUGUAUAACUCAUUACAACAGACGCAUGGAGUUCAAACACAAACAUAUCCAAAGCAACUUAGAAAAUACCCCAAAUCAGCAAAAACAUUUUUAAAUUAUGAAGCUAUCAAUAACAACCAUUGUAUACCUCGAGUUCGAAGAAAACCAGAUGUUAGUAAAUACGAUUUCAAAGUGUUAAAUCAUGUAGACUUCUCAAAAUUAUUCUUGAAAUCUUUCAUGGCACAUUACACGGCAUUUGAUGGAACAUGUGACUUGUCUGCAAUUCUUGGGAUUAUCAUCAGCGUUGACAAGUUUCCCCAAAUUGUACAGAGUGUUGCUUUUAAGGUACGUUCUGAUGUGAGGAACCCAUGGGCACACUGUAAUUUUGAUGAAUGGGACACUAUUAAAUAUCAAACAGCGUUCCAGUUGAUGCAUCAACUAGUUGUUUGUCUUCAAUUAAACACAGCAGAUGAAGUAAACAUCGCUGCAGAGUUAACAAAAUGGGAGAAAAACGGAUUUAUGUUCCUACAAGGUUAUGCGGUCGACCUGCAAGUUGUAACGGAUAUUAGGCAACAAACACGUGCUUUAGCUGAGUAUUCAUUGAAAAUGAAUUCAGGUAUGGACUCGACAUUCAUAGAGGUCCAUGAAUCUCUGCACAAAAUAAAUGAAGAAAUCGGGUUUGCUUGUAACCGAUUUAGUAGUAUUGAAUCGAAACAAAACCGACAAGAAACAGUUAUUGAUAACUUGAAUGAAGGCAUUAGCGUUUUAUAUGACAGAACAUUGGCUUUUGAAAUAGUCCAAACACACCAUGGAACGACAACCAAAGAACAAAAUGCAGAUAUUUCCAUUAUUAAUAACAACGUAGAUAUAUUAAAAACUGGACAUGAAUCUACGGCAAAAAAAGUAAAUGAACUCGAAAACGAAAAUAAAAAGAUAAACGAAGUUAUAUCACACAUUAAAAUUGACAUCACUGAAAUAAAAGAUGACAUUAAUGACUUCAGAAAUUAUUUGCCAUUGUCUAGACCUUGCGGGAAAACGUUUUUUUAUCCACCCAAUCGACCAGAACAUUUUGUUGCGCGAGAAACGGAACUUUGUACGAUUAAGGAAAUUGUUUUAUGCAAUAAUAAUAGAAAUCACACUUUAGUCAUUUGCGGUUUAGGUGGUUGUGGAAAGACAACACUUGCAAUUGAAUUUGCAUGGCGAUCACAUGAGUUUUAUCCAGCCGGUGUGUUUUGGAUGUCAGCAGAGACACAAGAUACAUUAGAAGAUUCACUUACAACUUUAGCAAUUGACGUUGAUACAACUGGAAAAGACUUUAGAGAAACUUUUAAAAGAACCCUCAAAUGGUUGUCAUGUUUGAAUGAACGAUGGCUUUUAAUUGUUGAUAAUGUGGAUGAGGAAUAUCUUUCUGAUAAUACCAAAGAAUUAUUGGUUGGAACAUGGAAACGUAAUACCCGCGGACAUCUUAUUAUAACCAGCCGCCGUGAACCAAAUGAAAUCGAGGAGUCUAUAGUUGUAAAGUUUGAAGACUGCAUUAUUCUGAAUGUAUUUGAAGCUCAAGAGGGAUUAAAUUUUCUUAAGAACAGAACAGGAAAAUGUUGCGACAGUGAAGACGGUGUCGUUAUUUCACUAGUAAAAGAGCUUGGAGGCUUGCCAUUGGCAUUGGAACAGGCAGGGGCCCAUAUAAAAAGCAUAAAAUGUUCUUUCGCUGACUAUGUAAUCAAAUUCAAGAAGAAACGAUUGAAAUUAUUGAAGGCAGCACCCUCUGUAAUGAAUAUCAGCAAGGAUAGACUAGCAAUAACGACAACUUGGCAAUUAAACAUUGAUUAUAUAACUAGGCAAUCGGUAAAUGAAGGCCUAGGCAGUGCUGCUGUAACCAUCAUGAAAAUUGCAUCGUUUUUGUUUGCUGAUGACAUUCCUAAAGAACUCAUUAAUAUCGGAAGUCCACAUGUCAACGAUAGCAAUUUGGUUGAAGUACUUGAGGAUGAAAUGGGUUGCAGACAAAUAAUUGAAAUUUUGACUAGAUUUUCCUUAUUUCAGCGAAUAAAUGAUUCGUCUCUGUCGGUUCAUAGGUUAGUUCAAGAGGUUAUUAGGGAAAAUAUGCAGGUCGAACAUCGUAGUCUACUUCUUCACCAUGCUUUACGUAUGUUAAAAAAAGCAUUAGAUUCUAGUCAAUCUCCAGCGGAUGUUCUCAUUGACGAUCACUUAAGAAAAUCUGAAAGGAUAUCACUUGUAAAAUGGAGCAAGUUUGCAGCAAAUGCAAAUGCAAUUAAAGUGUAUAUCCUUAAUAUUAGGAAAGAAGAUACCAAAGAUGAUCAACUAUUCUUCGAUAAUGAAAUGUUAAAGGUAUUACAGACAACAGCCUUAUAUCACAGUAUACAUCAACGACAGGCAAUAGCACUUGCAGACCAGGAGCAAAUGGUUCGAAUAAUGACAACUUUGCCGGUUGAUACAAAAUAUUACAAUGAUCUUACACGAAUCAAAAUACCGCUGCUUCAAAGCGAUAGGGAAACGCUUUUAAACUCCUUAGUGUCUGUUAUACCUGUUGAAAAUGAAGAAAUUCCAAAUAGUAAAUCUGCCGUCGCUUCAAGGGUUGAAACAUUAAGAAUAAUUGGAAACGAAGCAUUCAAAGAGAAAAGGUAUCAGGAUGCCAUACGAUAUUACACUGAAGGUAUACGUUCAUGUCCUGUUGAAAAUAUUGAUAGUAAUUUUUUCUCGAAUAGAAGCCUAGGUUACAUUAAAAUAAGAGAAUUUGAGCAUGCCUUUUCGGAUGCAAAUAGAUGUAUUGAAAUUGCCCCUGAUAAUUGGAAAGGAUACAAUUGGAAAGCCUACGCCGUUUCGGGUUUAAUAAAGAAUGGAUUAUUUCCUCCUGCCAUGCAAGCAAUGGGUCUGGCUUCUGCCUGUAUUGCAUCUCAUAAAUAUCCACCGUGUCUUCUAAAAUAUAACAUGAAAAUAUGUUAUCCCAUUGUAUAUUAUAAAAUGGUCAAGAGACCUGAGUGUUUACUACAGGACAUGAUGUCUUUAUUCGACAGACCAUAUACUACUUUACUUUUGAGAAAAGGACGAUAUGUAUUCAACGCACCACUCACAACACAAAGCAUUCAAGUCAUUGGUAUUGAAGACGGCGUUGAAUUUAACACUGGAGAAUAUUUUGAUAUUAAUUGUGCACCCAAAUGGUUCUCAGACGAUAUUGAACCCGAACAAACGAUAAACAUCCAUUUUGAAAACAUAAGUUUUGUUUCAGGCAAUCAGAUCACGGUAAAUAAGAAUACUGUAGCAACAUUCUUUAAGUGUAUAUUUAGCAACGGAAGGAAAGGAUGUGAAGCUGCACCAAAGUGUACAGGCAAUGAUGGGUGCGUUAAUCCAGAGACGUGUAAACAAGCUUACCGGGAAAGCUUGUCUGUAUUUUGGAGUGUUCCUGUGGGUCAAUCCGGAUCUGCUGGAAUAGAGGUAUACGAUGGUGGAACUGCUUAUAUAGACUCGUGUAUGUUAAAUAGAUGUGGAGGUGGUGGCGUGUUGUCACAUGGAAAAGGUUCUUUGAUAGACAUCAGAAACUGUACAGUGAAAAAUAUGAGACACACUGGAAUCGAAGUGAGAGAUGAAGGGGCAGUUCAAGUAUGUAAAAAUAACAUAUCGGAAAAUCAGUGUCAUGGUAUCGCUAUUUUUAAUAACAGUUAUGCUUAUAUUGAAGAAAACAUAAUUCAGGGAAAUGGGGCAGAAGGCAUAUUGAGUGCAAGAGUAUUGGACUCAAAGGAAUCGCUACAAAUGAACGAAAGAUGUCAAAAUAGGGUUGUACUUAUUAAUAACCAUAUAGGACAAAAUGGUCUUUGUGGCGUAUCAUGUGAUGGUGGUUUUUUCGAAAUCAAAGGAAAUAGAAUUUUUGCAAAUCACCUAUGGGGUAUGUUUGUUAAAUUGCAAUCUAAUGCCUUUAUUCUUAAUAAUGAAAUUUUUGAUAACAAAUGUGGUGGAAUCAGAAUUGGCCAUAACUUUACCGCGAGAGUCAUAAUAGAUGGGAACACCAUUAGAGAUCACAUUGGCCCAGGUAUUUAUACAGUGAACCCGGCAGAAGGAUUAGACUCAAAACAUAAGACGAGUAAAACGAUGUUUGGUGUUCGAUACGGUGAAAUUUUUGAAAAUUCGCUACCGCCAAUGAUUACUAGUACAAAUUUUCUUAGAAACAACGAAAAAGGGACACAACAUCCAAAUGAUGUAGUUAAACUAGUAGAAGCUUGCGGUUUUUGUCGUAGAGUAUCAAAUAAUUUGAAAGCCUGUUCAAAAUGCAAAAAAGCAACAUACUGUUCAAAGAAGUGUCAAACUAAACAUUGGUCACGACACAAGAUUAUGUGUAAACUUUUGAACAGUUCAUUUGUGGUUGAAGUUCAGAUGUCUGAAACUGAACCAAACCAUCUUGGGGCACCUCCAGUACAAGUACCCCCUAAUAAAAUUUUGAACAACACCAGAACAUUCAAUCCGAAACUUAUAGGAAUAAGGGAAGGAAUUCCCCCUGACAGAAAAAGUUGCAAACGCUUUAUAGUGAAGAUUCAAGCUGGAAAAGAGUAUGAAUUUUAUGAUCCGAACCAAAAACUAAUGGUAUAUGACCAAACUGUUACACUUGACAUCCAGUUUACUAACCCAACGUUAUACCAUAUUUGUCAGGAAUGUGGGGUACUUGCGGGUGCUAAGUACACAGUGAAGAAAAUAUUUUGCUGGGCAUCUUUCAAAAACAAAGGGAAAACCCUUUGUUUUUAUACAGAUAACCUUCCUCCGUUACAAACUUGGUAACGAAUAAAUGAAAAGAGUUGCUGUAUAGUCUGAUAUAUUUAUACAACGUCCACAUAUAUAUCACUUUUAAAGUUAAUGGUUUUCUAGUAGGAGGUAACACAAACAAAAUAAACAGUAGCCUGUCUACGAAGAUGGGCCUUAUACCCUCAAACAAUACAUGCUUUUUGUCCUCAACAUUAGUUUUUUAAAUAUUUUUACUUGCAUGAACGUUUUUAUUCGACAGCUGAUUUUUCUACCUUACACUUUAGUAGUACUGUUAUAUAUUUGUUAGCUUUUUCGUAUUGAUUGCUGAUUGAUAAUAAAUGCUGUGAAAUAUAAAGAAGGAGAUGCGGUCUGAGUUCAAAUAAGAAUAUAUAAGCAAUUGGUGUUCACCGCACGGCCAUCAAGAAUGAGAAAAACCCAAACCGCAUUUGUUGCUAUAUGAGUUUUAAUCGCUAUACGUCACAAAAGUCACUUGAUGUCUUACUUAGUUUGAUAUGUUUCUUCAUUUAUAAGAUUCAAAUAUAAAUCAUCACACAUUUUAAACAAAAUAUUUCGACAAAAAUAAAAUGAGAAGUAAUUUAAAUCUUUAUUUAUCACUACAAAAACAGAAGACAUUAUUUGAGAUUAAUUUUAUGAUGCAAAACUUUUAAAAACACUUUUGAAACCAUGCAGAUUUAACACAUUCGUGAGUAGGAUAUUGUGAGGAAUAAUUUGUGCAAUGAUCAGUGGUUGUUGAAUGUAAACAGUUCAUAUUUACCUUUGAUAAGACAGUGCGUAUUUGAUGAAGCUAAUCAAGGGUUUCAUGUUUUAUAAGAUUCUUCUGCUUUAUGUUAUUUUGCAAUUAUAUUUACAGAAAUUCUGUCUGGUCCUUUUUCGUAAAUGUACAAAAAGGAUUCGUUUGUCUUCACACAACCUUUGUAUUUUAACUGGACGUUUUGUUAGGGAUAAUAGAAAUGAAAGAAAUUGUUUUUGUGUGAUUUAGGAGUAAUAGAGGAUGGAUUUCAUUUCAUCCUACAAUUAAGCAGAUAUACUGAUUGGCGAUAAAAAUAUAUUACUGGUCUAGGUCAUCAACCUUUAAUCAACCCCAGCUUUUGCAGGGGUUCGUGUUGCUUAGUCUUUAGUUUGCUAUGCUGUGUCUUCUGUACUAUCAUUUGUCUGUGUGUUUUUUUUUAUCCAUUGCGUUGUCGGUUUCUUUUCAAUGAGUUUAACUGCACCUUUGGUAUCUUUGGUCCCUCCUUUAAGUAAAUAGAGUUAUUGUUUGGUAAAAACACAAAACAGCUUUGUAACUUAGGAAAAUAUGUACAUUUAUCUUUUUAAUUAAGAAACAAUUUAUUGUAGUAAAAGGUAUUUUGUAUUGAUGAAACUUCUGACGUCACCUAUUGUUAAUUAUGCAUAUUGUUAAUAUUGUUUGUAGUAUGCCAUAUGUAUAAACUGUUCAUGUAUUUUAUUACACUGAUGAGCCUUAAGGUUGAAAGUUAAUAAAAACAAAAUGUGAAUUUUAA